AGAAAUUCGGAAAUGACCACGGUGCAAGCAUUUGACCCUCCUGCUCUGGACAACAGUUCGCUCGUCUCGAUAGAAUUCUGCGAUAGGUGUCGGUGGCUUCACCGUGCUUCCUGGGUGCAAACGGAACUCCGACUAACGUUCCCACCACCCGCCAUUGAGGCCAUUACACUCAUCCCUCGCAACUCCGAAGAGACUGCUGGCCGGUUCCGUGUCUGGGUGACCGAGAACGGAAACGCGCCGCGUUUGGUCUGGGAUCGCAAGACGGAGGGUGGGUUUCCGGAGUUGAAGGUUCUUGUGAGCAUUAUCAACUCCAGUCUGCAGUAUUUUAACUUGUUGCGGUCACAGAAACAGAGAAUACGUGAUAUUCUGCAGCCAGGCAAGAGUCUGGGACAUUCGGAUAAGCCUACGUAA